UCCAACAUCUGGGUUAACAUGGGUAUGACCAGCCUGAGAAUGUUCCCCCAGCAUCUCCCCAGAGGUAACGUGCCCUCCCCCAACGCUCCUCUGAAGCGUGUCCUGGCCUAUACAGGCUGUUUCAGCCGCGUGGGCACCAUCAAGGACAUCCACCUGUACCUGUCUCGGAGGCUACGCAUCAAAGACGAGGACAUGAGGCUGUGGCUCUAUAACAGCGAGAACUAUCUGACCCUCCUGGAUGAUGAGAACCACACUCUGGAGGGCCUGAAGAUUCAGGACGAGCAACACUUAGUUAUCGAGGUUCGGAACAAAGACAUGAGCUGGCCAGAAGAGAUGUCCUUCAUCGCCAACAGCAGUAAAAUGGACCGGCAUAAAGGAUGA